CUGCACACAAUAGAUCAGCAGAACUUGAGAUGGUUGCCUGCCUGUAAUCCAUAAAAAGAAAGAAAGAAAAAAAUAAUCCCUCCCAAAUCAUCCCCCCGUUCCCAACUCCUCACAAAAACGUUGCCUGUUUCGAAAAGUGGUGACUAAAGCAGCAACAGCAGAAGGAGGAGUUCACCACUUUUCUUUUUCACGGCCAACUAUAUGUCUCUGCAGAGGUGAGUCUGGCAAGUUAAUUGGUUCCCUCAGGCGCUGUUUUCUUGUCUUUUCUUUUUUAAAUUCAGCUUUUCGUGCCGUAUGCUACACCUGCCUGCCAAGCUCCAGCGCUGAUGGGCGCGGCUCGGACCGGUGCCCAAAUCUCUGUUUUGACUUGCCUGGGAAAGUUGAGCGAAAAGGCACAAAAGGACCGAGGACUUUAAGAACAUCCCACCACGGCGCGUCAGCUUCAUAUGAACACAUUAUCUCUCCCGUGGACGUGAUCAGUCAGUCCAUCUUGAGAGGAAUCGGGAUUUGGUUGUUUCUUAUUCGAGCUGGCUGAAGCAGAUAAAAUGGGAUGGACGAGUUAACGAGACAGAUGGACUUCUCAGGAGGCUUGUCAGGAGAAAAGGUUGUGACAGAAACUGUAACCUCCACGACCAGACUGACUUCUCUACCACCAAAGGGAACCAGUGGAUCAAAUCACAGGAAUAUGUCCAGCAGUGCUGGAGGGCUGGGCUUGGAGAAGAAUGUCUUAACCCAGAACAGCAGUGGAACUUAUUUCUCUUCAUCCUCUGUAGGUGUGAACACCAGCAGCUUCAGCUCCUCCUCAGGAGUUUACCUAGGAGGAGACUCCACGGGAAGAGAUGAUGGAGGGGGGCUGUACAUAGACGGAGAUGGGUAUGGAAGAGGAGGAGGAGGAGGAGGAGGAGGAGGAGGAGGCGGCGGCGGCAGCAGAGGCGGCAGCAGUUAUCUCGUGAGCUCGGUGUCAAAGGUCAGGUCCAGCUCGUCGGGUGGUGCCAGGAGAGCGCAGACUGCUGGCUCAACAGGAGGCCUGUCGCCAGCUUUCCGGGAGAGGAAGACCAUAUCCAGCCGCUCAGGAGGUUAUGAUGGAAGUUCGAGUGGUAAUUCCUCCCCAGAGUUUACACGCAAAGAUUAUGGAAUCUAUUGCUCCAACACCACAAGGGGGAGGAGCGAAAGCAGAGAGAGUGAGAUCAGAGCCAGAUUACAAAGUGCCUCUCCCACCGCCGGCAGAUGGACGGAGCUGGAUGACGUGAAGAAGCUGCUGAAGGGACGCUCCUGCAGCGUCAGCCCCACUCGCUCCUCCAACGCCUCCAUCACUCUGCCUGUCCCUAAAAAGACCAGCGUUAAAACCCAGACCAUCACCUCUGUGACCUCUCAGUCGGGUUCAACUUCAUUUGGCUCUGGUGUGAGAUCAGGCGGGUUCCACACCAUUGAUACAUCAGGCCUGUAUGAUACCGGUCUGACAUCUGGGCAGUUUGAUACUGGUGUCAAAUCAGGCCAGUAUGAUAUCUCUCUGAAAUCAGGCCAGUAUGAUACUGGUGUCAAGUCAGCCCAGUUUGAUACUGGUGUCAAAUCUGGCCAAUAUGAUAUCACUGUGAAAUCAGGCCAAUAUGAUACUGGUGUGAGAUCAGCCCAGUAUGAUACCAGUGUAAAAUCAGCCCAGUAUGAUACUGGUGUGAGAUCAGCCCAGUAUGAUACCAGUGUGAGAUCAGGCCAGUAUGAUACCAGUGUGAGAUCAGGCCAGUAUGAUACCAGUGUGAGAUCAGGCCAGUAUGACACGCUGGACGCUACACUUCCUACUUUCUCUUGGUCCACCUCCACGCUGCCCUCCCCCUCCACCACGGUUAUCGCUGGCAACACCAGCGGAUACACAUACCAGGCCGGCACCAACAACAUGGCGGGAGGAUCGUCGCCGCUCAGCCUCACCUCACCCUCGUCCCUGUCAGUUUACGGCUUUCAGAAUAAUCUGGCUCCCACCUCUCCCAGUGUGCUCACCACCAGUGGAGGCAACGUAAAUGCUCAUCUAGGAGGUUAUGGCGUUCAGAAGAAUUUGUCAAAUGGUGGCGGUUUCGUCAGCAGCAGCAGUGGAGUUUCUACAACCACUAGAUCCCAAACUGAUGAUUCACUUAAGAAAGACUAUAAGUACCUGAUCUCUGAAAAGGAGAACGCUCCAGCCAAGAGGGAAGCAGAAAUGCUGAUUUUGGCUAAAGACAGCGGGAAGCAGUUCACCAGCAGCAGCAUCACGCAGAUGGGAGGAGGGUCGCUGUCAGGAGAUUCAAUAAAGAAAGAGAAGCUUAUUUCAAGCUACAGUGAGAAGGCGCAACUGAAGACAGAGACAGGCAACUCUUACUAUGGAUCAUCUGGAGUGGUAAUGAAAGACAAAGCCACCUAUGCAGAGAUUCACAGAGACAGCGGCAUCUUUGGAGGUGGAGGACUGUGCUGCUGCUCCGACUCGUGUUGCUCCUGGUGGAAAUGGCUGCUGGGACUUCUCCUCCUCUCCCUGCUCCUGCUGGGACUCCUGUUUGGGCUCAUUGCACUCGCUGAGGACGUGAGAAAGCUGAAGAAUCGAGUGGCUACGCUGGAGGAGGCGUCCUCGGUGACUUCUGCCCGUACCAGCCGGAUGUCAAGUUCUAACAAUGACAUCAACAACUUUGGGGCGGAUGGAGGGGUGGCUGGAGCUGCAGUGGUAUCCGCUGGAGGUGGAGGUGCUGGUGCUGAUGCUGGUGCUGGUGGCUCCACUGGCAGAAAUGUCAUUGAAGGUGGUUCUGCUGGCACCAGUGGGACCACCGGAACCGGUUUGAGCGGAGAAUACGUAAACGUUGCCAAUCUUCAGAUAACCAUCCAGAAGAUGUUAAAAACUGAAAUGGAAUCACAGUCAUACAAAGAUUUUAUAGCAUCGUCAGUGCAGGGAGAGAGAGGGCUGCCUGGACCUAAAGGGGACCCUGGAUCUAAAGGAGAUUCUGGUUUCCCUGGACUUCAAGGUGCUCCGGGACAUGCAGGACCUGAGGGUCCAAAAGGACAGAAAGGAAGCCAAGGUGAUCAUGGACUGGAUGGGCAAGCAGGCAUCAGGGGUCGUGAGGGCCCGCCUGGCCCCAGAGGUGAGGCAGGACCUCCAGGCUUUGGAGCGAAAGGUGACAGAGGUGCUCCUGGGGAUCCUGGGCCUGUUGGCCCGGCUGGACCAAAAGGCACAUCUGGAAUUCCUGGACUUUCUGGUGUACCAGGUCAACCAGGUGCUCAGGGUUUCCGUGGCGAGACAGGGCUACCUGGUCCCAAAGGUGACAGAGGGCUUGCUGGAUUCCAAGGACUUAAAGGUGAAGCUGGUGACACAGGUCUCAAAGGUGUGAAAGGUGAUCCUGGUUUACCGGGUCUGCAAGGGCCAGCUGGAGAGAGAGGACUCAAAGGGUCAAUGGGGUUGUCUGGAGUCGAUGGAUUGAAGGGAUCAAAAGGUGACCAAGGACAUGCCGGGCCCCCUGGACUCAGAGGUCCUGCUGGGCCUCCUGGAGAUGCUGCACUUCCAGGAACACCUGGUCUUCAAGGACCACCAGGGAUACCAGGGAAUCCAGGACGACCAGGCUCCAAAGGUGAAUCAGGUCAACCAGGAAGAAUCAUCAAUGCAGCUGGCUCCACUUCUAUUGGCAUCCCAGGACCACCUGGGCCUUCUGGUCCUCCCGGCCCUGCAGGACCUCCAGGAUUAUCAGGUCCCAUUGGCCCUGCUGGUCUGCCUGGCCAACCUGGUGCUAAAGGGGACAGGGGAUAUAAGGGAGAGCAGGGAGAACAAGUAAUAACAUCGAGAACGUCUGAAAGGCAGUAUGUUGGCAGUGGAGGUUUAGGACAACCUGGCCCACCCGGCCCACCGGGUCAACCUGGACGUCCAGGAGAUUCAAGACAAGGACCUCCAGGACCACCUGGGCCUCCAGGUCAGCCAGGUUAUGGAAUUCCAGGACCCAAAGGAGACAAAGGAGAGGCGGGCUUUGCAUCCAGCUCUGGAACGUUUUAUACUGGGCCACCAGGACCACCUGGGCCUUCUGGGCCUAAAGGAUCAGCAGGUUCUCCUGGACCAAGAGGAUACCAAGGCGAACCAGGCCAACAAGGUGUGCCGGGCACCCCAGGAAGACCAGGAAGCUCUGAGAGAGUGUCAACUUAUGGUGGAGGACAUGGGAUCCCUGGACCACCAGGUCCACCGGGACUUCCUGGACCACAGGGACCACAGGGACUUAAAGGGGACACCGGAGCUCCUGGUGUUCCUGGCUUUUCAAGAGGCUCAGUUUCAGUCACCUCAGGCCCUCCUGGCCCUGCAGGUCCUCCUGGCCCUCCAGGCCAGCCGGGCUCCUUCGCUUCUUCUAGUGAGAUGCGACAGUACAUCACUGACUAUCUAAGUAGAAGCAGACAGUCCAGUAUCCCCGGACCUCCAGGUCCACCUGGACCUCCAGGAAUCCCUGGAAGCUUUUCAGGCUCUAUUCAGGACAUCUCCACUCGUAUCAUUGCAUACCUGCAACGUUCGGACUCAGGCCUUAGUAUUGGUGUCCAGGGUCCUCCAGGACCACCUGGUCCACCUGGCUAUGGAUCCCUGACGGUCAGCAGUCUCAUCGCCAUGCUUCAGAGAGAAGAUGUGAGGAGAUAUUUGUCAGGACCACCAGGGCCACAAGGACCACCAGGACAACCAGGGACAUCGGCAGGAUUUUCAGGCAGUUACAGUAUAGAGGAGAUAGCCACAUAUGUCUUCAAAAUCAUGAAUGAACGAGGGAUUGCUAGAGGUCCACCCGGGCCACCCGGUCCUGCUGGGCCUUCUAGUGCAGGGGGAUCUGGUAUCACUACUGCUACUAUUGACUAUUCUGCACUAAUAAAACAUUCAGACUUCCGCUCAUGGAUUAGCUCUGCCGUACAACGCGGUAAUCCGGGUCCUCCGGGUCCUCCGGGUGUCCAAGGGCAACCUGGCCCUCCCGGCCCUCAGGGCCCAGCUGGAGUCUCCACUGCCACUGUGUACGGGGGGGCGGGAGGUCGUGGCUACAGCUUGGAGGAAAUUCAGCGUUACCUGCAGGGUUCUGGGUUCAGAGGUCUUCCCGGCCCUCCUGGUCCUCAAGGUCCACAGGGUCCACAGGGUCCACCAGGCAGUUACAGCGGAUCCAUUUCCUACAAUGGAAACUUCCCUCGGGAGAGCAUCCGCACUGAAAUUCAGCAGUAUCUGACCAGUGACAGUGUUCGUCGUGCCAUCAUCGGACCUCCGGGCCAUCCAGGAUCUCCUGGUCAGAAGGGAGAUCGCGGAGAGCCGGGUUACAUCCAGAGCCAGAGCUACGCUCAGGGUGAAUCUCGACACGGCUCCGAGCACAGAGAUAUCCAUGUCAGCAAGCUCACGCAGACACUGGACCACUCCAACGUCGCCAACGUUGCAAUAAAAGUUACAGACUACAUCAAGAGUCAAGGCCUGCUGCAGGAGUAUCUGGUUGAGGGUCCUUGGAGGGCGAAUGUACGAGCGAUUCAGGGCCCCCCUGGUCCACCUGGCCCUGUCGGACCACCUGGUCAGAGCCGCGUCAUCGGUUCCUACGGCAACGUCACAGCUGACCUCAUGGAGUUCUUCAGAACCUAUGGCACCAUCCCUGGAACUCCAGGAGGCCCUGGACCAAAGGGUGAGAGAGGGUACCCAGGACCCAGAGGAGAAAAGGGUGAUCCUGGGCAUCAAGGUUUACCAGGAACACCAGGGCCAUACACUUUCCAAAUUCCACACACAGUGCAGAAGAGGGAUACAGGCAAUAAUGUGGUUGGUCGUCAUCGUCAGCAUCGCCGUCACGCUAGCGGUGGCUAAACAUACUACUGGAUCAUGUCACAUUUCAUUUUUAUUUUUAAUUUUUUUAGAUGUUCAACUGUAGCAAAUGCAAGUAGGCAAAAUGCUCCUUAUUGUUGCCAUCUGUAGAAAAGUCACAGGACAAUUUGAGAAAAUUGAAGUGGCCAAAAAGUCUUUUUAAAAACAGCUUCAAGUAGAGUAGUAUGGAUUUAGCUGCUGGUCAGUGUCUUUGUCACACAGACUUCAUUCUUUUUGAUAUGUGGGUGUAUAAUGUUUACUUUGCUUAGUUAGAAGCUUGCAUUGUUUUGCUUUUUCUCCAGGGAGCAGCUUUGUUUAAGAGAAUAUCUAUUUUUAAGCAAUAAAUAGCUGAUCUUUUAAUUGCACUUUUCAUCUUUCCCACUACUUGUGUAACUUGAGGUGUACUUUUUUUAUUGUCUUUUGAGGAUUAUAUUGUAUUGAGGACUAUAUAAUACGUGUUUAAUUUGUCAAAGUAACCUUUCAAUGUUUCAUAAAAAUACAAUAUUGUCAGAUUAUCCACAUAAAUCAAGCCAACCUCCAGCUGUAAAGACCCCUUGAAGUAAUCCAUUCACCCCAUACAAAUUACAAAAGAAUUUACAUUUUUAAAUAUAUAUAUAUAUAUAGCAAUGCAUCAUUACCAGUAAGUGAGGGUCAGUUGUGCAGCAGGGAGUGAACUUUGAUUACAGUAGGACUGAUGACUUACUUGAAAGGUUUGUUGGUAAAAAAAAUAAAUGUUGCAUGGUUGAGACUGAUGAUCACUCAAGAAAUGACUGA